AUGCGCCCGGCGAAGAGAUCUCCCGGACAGAAAUCGAUUGAAGCGUUGAACCCCUUCCUUUUCAGAGACAAGCGGGCCUUUCUCAACAUCAACCUUCGCCCGCACAACCUCGGAACUCAACACACGCCGACCCUCGACAGUCUGCGGCCCCCCAAUUUCGAGUACGUCCAGAGACCACCGGGUGGUUUGUUGGCGACCUUCGGGUACUUCUUCCGAUGGUUGAAUGCCUAUCGACGCUUCUGGGUCGCCUGUGAAUUGAAGGCGCGGUCCAACCAAGCGGAAAGACAAAAGGUGUGGAAACGUCUGAAUCUCAAGCGCCGGCGGGACAUUGCUAUAGUUUCCAUGAGUGCUGGUCUUAGUGGUGUCCCCGACAUCACACGGCGCGAGUUCCAACUGUGUAUGAGGACCCAUCACCACUGGUGGCGUCGCCCGCUGGGAAUGCAACUGAGAGAUCUGCGGAGUAUCCUGAAGAGCUACGACACCUACAAGGCCGAGUUUUGGAGCGAAGCCCACGACGCCCUCACUCCGUCCGGGAGGUCGCUGUCCCUUCUGCACAACCUGUACCGGAGUGAUGUGAUGAGAAGCUGUGUGACACCGAGAGGGAGGCGGUUAUUCUUCCCCUGCGUUCUGACAAAGUACAUCAAGGCGUACUCGUUUUCGACCUACUGGACGGCGGCGGCUUUCCUGGCCGUCAGCGCGCGAGGCAUGCAGUUGCGCAACUACGAGAUCCUCACGGACACUAUCCUCAUCCUGCGUGAAGGAGGCUUCAAAAGGCUUUCGGCAGAAGACAUUGCCGACUAUUGCUUGCGAUCUGGGUCCCCAAACUUCCUCGAGUACAUUCGAGAAGCCGUGGAGAUGGACGCCAACCCUGUCACGGAGAGCAUGAGAAAAUUCAUGGUUCCGGUUCUGGAAGAGCACGCCAGGGCCUUGCUCGACUGCGACUGGCAGAGGAUACCUUACAAUCUACGCUGGAAGAUCGAGGAACACGUUGCAGAAGAAGGCCACAAGUCUCCAGAGAGUAUGUUGUACCGAGUCUGGGGUUGA